AUGACAGCUUCCUUGAAUGACUUGAAAGACAAAAUUGACGGAUCCGAUGCUUUCGGUCCUUUGUCUCGGACCAAUCAGCGACUCUUCCACCUUGGACGGGAGCUGAAAACGGGGGGGAGGAGUUUGGCGAAUUUGGGUGUUGGACGAUUCAAGUGCUUUACAGUCCACCUCUUGGCCAAAAAUGUUGCUGGUGGCACCACCAAGAAGAAGAGAAAGAGCCGCGCUGACGACGAAGAAGUAGUCGAAGUGGUGGGCAACAAACGAAAAACCCGCAGGGCUGCAACCCGACAAACUGCUGCUUCCAGGCGACAGCAACAACAACAAGUCAUUGAGUUGGGAGACAGCGAUGAUGAUGACGACGACGAUGUCGUCGAGGUGGUGGCUCCCCCGCCACGACGAACGAGAAACCGCCGAUAG